GGACACAACGUCGGGCUGCAGUUCGGCAGCCGAGCAAUGGGCAGAACCAGAAUGAACCACCCAAAGCCACAGAUCCGGACAUGGUUAAUUGAGCAGAUAGACAGCGCCAAAUACAAUGGGCUGCGCUGGUUAGACCAUCCCGACUGCACCAAGUUCCGAAUCUCAUGGAAACAUGCAUCCAGACAAGAUCUGCAGGAGGACGAUUAUAGUAUCUUUAAGGGCUGGGCUAUAAUAAGUGGGAAAUACACUGAAGGAGACAUGACUGACCCUCCAAAAUGGAAGACCAAUUUCCGUUGCGCCUUGAACAGCAUCAGUUCGUUUCAGUUGCUGGACGACAAGUCAAAGGAGUCCUCAGACCCCCACAAAGUCUUUCUCAUCAAAGACCAUAAUCCCAAUCUGUCGAAAAAACCUCAACUGAAUGAAAGCGUGGAGGAAGAGGAUGAUCUUGAGCUGCGCAUGAGCCCAGAAACUGAUUUCUCUUACUUUACCCAGCUAGCCUUCCCACAUCCACAGGAACAUCUGGACGAAAUGUUGACUACAAUGACUCUGUCAGACAAUCCAGGAGAGAAUCAGUGGGAGGCGUCACAUCCAGUAUAUCUUCCAAAUCUGUGUCCUUACAAGCCUCUGAUGAUGGAACAAUUCAACAAUUCACUCAAUAUUCCUUACCAUGAAGAACUCCGCAUUUCCCCAGCCCAGGUCGUCCCAAACGGACUUCUGUGGGAAUCCAUGCAGCCAUCAGUUCUCCCCGAGUUGGCCCACUAUGCCCAAGAAGUUCCAGUUGCUUACGAGACACCACAGCUUCCUCUGAAUGUGCCUCCCCUGGUGGCAGCUAACGGACCUGCGGCCGAACUUCAACACUGCCAUUCCAUUCGAAACAGUUUAGGGGUCACUGUAUACUACAGAGGAAAAGCAGUGUUGCAGAGAACGGUCAAGACCGGAUUCAGGUUACUCCAAAAUGUCCAGGACACCACCUGUGGUCACCUCGAGCAGAUCGCCUUUCCAAGCACCGAGUCCAUAUCCGAUCAGAAGCAGAAAGAGUUCACCGAUUGUCUCUUGUCGAACGUGGAAGGAGGGCUUACACUGGAGCUUCGAGGACAGCACAUCUAUGCUAAGAGAACGGGGAAGUGCCAGGUCUUCUGGUCUCUCACCGAAGUGAACGAGAGCCAGGAAUCGCAAAAGCUUAUGAGGGAAAAAGAGACCAGGCUGUUCAGCUUAAGUGAUUUUCUGAUGGAGAUCAAAGAGUUCACAGAACACAGGCGUGGAACUCCUCGGUGCUCCAUCUACCUUUGUUUGGGUCAGUACUUCCCAGUUAGAAAUCCAGCAAAGAUGCUCGUCUUGAUCAAGGUGGUCCCUAAAAUCUGCAGCACGCUGAUCGAACUUGCACAGCAAGGAGGGGCUUCGUCUUUGAACAGCGAUAACGUCAACUUGCAGAUCUCCAAUAACUCGAACGAUAACUUUUGGGCGAUAGUCAGGGAGCUGGAAAGCUCGAUGGAAGUAGAUUCGGCAUGUGAACCCUCAACUGUGAUAACUCACUCAACUCAACCCUACCCCAACGAAUUUAACUAUUCUGAGUUCUGAUCACUUUCCUUAACCUUCACUGGGGUGCUCUUUAAACCUUUGUCUUUCAACCUGUCCGACAAGCGGGUGUUGCGUUAACGGAAAAUGGGGCUGGGAAAGUAUAGUAUAGUGCUUUUGUUUUCACCUGCGGUUAUUUACCUUGCAGUUUACAGAGUAAUUUGAAGUGGUGGUUAAGGGUUGAUCAUUGUCUGCCGUAAAACAUUUUUGGGGGGGCAAUUAACUAAUUAAUAGCUGAGGGGGAAAAAUAUAUAUUUUU